GGGCUGGGGCAGGGCAGGGGGCACCAGCAACCUCCCCUGGAGCCCACCCCGGAGCUAGCCACAUCUAGAGCCCCCUACCCCCAGAGCCAGCCACAGCCCAGUGCCGGUGAGGGGCUCCACUGCGCUCUGGGAGGCAGCAACGUGGAGGAAGAGCCGGGAAAGGAGCAGAGCGGGGCCUGGCGGGGCGGGAGGGAGGCUGGGAUCUCCCUGUUGUGGGGCGUGGGGAGGGGGCGGCAGCCCCCCUUACCUCUCCUGUGCUGCAGUAGGGACCCAGGCAGCGCAGGACGGGGACAUGGAGAUGGUGCAGGUGGGCACCCAGUGCCCGAGUGGCACCAACUCCCCUGAGGCCCCAGCCCCCAGCAGCAGCAGGACCAGACGGCACAAGAUCCAUUCCUGCCUCCGUUCAAAAGCAGUUUGGAUGUGCGCUGGCUGCAUCGUAGGGCUGGGGAUCCUGGUGCCAUGUCUGGUAGCGGGGCUGCGUGAGACACGAGAGACACCGCAGCUGAAGAGCACCGUGGUGCCUUCCUCCAGUGCCCGCUCCCACUCCUACCAGCAUUUCUACACUACGGUGUCGGACCCCAGCCCGGAUGUGCCUAGCUUCACUGCCGUGGGCUACGUGGACGACCAGCAAAUUCUCCACUACGACAGCGAGAGGCAGAGAGAGGAGCCGCGCGGGAACUGGGUGCAGGGGGCCGUCGACCCAGACUUCUGGGACACAGAAACCAGGAGCUUGCAGCAGUGGCAGGACAGAUUUAAACGGAACCUGGUCACCCUGCGGUAUCGCUACAACCAGAGCAGGGGGUCUCACACUCUCCAGUUCAUGUACGGCUGUGAGGUUGGUGAAGACGGCAGCACUGGAGGCUACAUGGAGGUUGGCUACGACGGGGGAGACUUCAUAAGCUAUGACCUGGGAACGUGCACCUGGGUAGCAGGAACAACACAGGCCCGGGUCACCCAGCAGACCUGGAAUGAGGAUAAGAUCCUUCUUCAGCUCACAAGAUCCUACCUGGAGGAGACCUGCAUUGUGUGGCUGCGGCAGUACCUGCAGCACGGGGAGGCAGCGCUGCAGAGCAAGCACCCCAUGGCAGAGGUGAGCCACAGGCCCUUGUCCCGGGACGGACGCACCGCCCUGUCCUGCCGGGUGCACGGCUUCUAUCCCAGGGACGUGGCCGUCGUCUGGCUGGAGAACGGGGAGGCGCAGCCCCAGGAGACGAGAUCUUCAUGGGUCCUUCCCGGCGGAGACGGGACCUACCAGACCUUGGCCACCAUCGAGAUCGACCCGAGCAGCAACCACGACUACACCUGCCGCGUGGAGCACGUGAGCCUGGGUGCAGCCCUGACAGUGUCCUGGGACAAAGGCAGGAGCAGUGAAUGA